UGACUUUUUUUUUUUAAGCUCCGCCUUACAUGUUUUUCAAUUUUUUUUUUAUUAUUUAAGAAAUAUUCUAUAUUCUUACUACAUUUUUAACAGAACGGAAUUGCUACAUUAACAAUUAGGUUGACUGUUUUGGUAUAUUUUUCAAGGCCAGUCGGUAUAUUUAAAAAUUCUGCAAGCGGUCUUACUCUUUCUUAUUGGAUCAAAUGGAGGAACUGACCACCCAAAAGAACUGGACGGAUGAGGAGCGCCUGGAGCUGGCCGCACGGCUGGACGCUGAGCUAGAUGCGUUUAUCGAUGGCCUGGAGAAGAAACGCUAUGAGGAGGGCUGGCCGGAGGACCGGUGGCAGGAGGAAAUGGACAAGCACCCGUUCUUCAUGAAGCGUGCUCCUCAGCCAGGUGACGAUGUGCAUCCUAUGUUUGAAGGCCUGCAAAAGCUCAAGUACGAUCCGGAGGAGAACACUCGCGACGAGCUGGCGCUAAACUACAAGGAGGACGGCAAUUUCUAUAUGAAGCAUAAGAAGUUCCGCAUGGCCAUCUACAGCUUCACCGAGGGAAUCAAGUCGAAGUCGGAGAACCCCGAUGUGCUGGCCGUGCUCUACAACAACCGCUCAGCCGCUCACUACUUUAUCAAGAACUACAGAUCAUCGCUGAGCGACGCCCAGCGGGCCCUUUUCUUCAAGCCAGAUUACACCAAGGCCCGCUGGCGAUCGGCGCAGUGUGCCUACGAGCUGGAGAAGUUCGACGUGUGUACAAAGAUGUGCGAGGAGCUGCUCGAGGUGGAUGUGGACCACAAAGAGGCACAUGCCCUGCUGCACAAAAACAAGAUGCGAAAGAUCGAGGUGGAGCGCAACCAACGCAAGGAGGCUGCCGAGGCGAAGCGACGUCUGACCCGCUUUCACAGACUGCGCGAUGCCAUCGAGCAGCGAGCGGUAAAGUUUGACGACCAAGGAAAUGGCAAGAUGGGUGCCUUGAGUGAGGAUCUGUUGCGCCCAAAGUUUUUGCCACUUGAAGACCAUCCAGUGCACCUGGACGAGGACGGCAGCACUUUGGUCUGGCCCGCCGCUUUCUCCUACCCCGAGUUCCUGUUCAGCGACUUCCAGCAGCAGUUGCCGGAAACGGCAACUAUGAGCGAUUGCCUGGCAACGCUGUUCGCAGAACCAUUGCCUUGCGAUAAGACGCAGAGCUACCGGCAAGACAAUGUGCACGUGUACUACGAGAAUCGCAAGGUGGGCUGCGUCCACAAGGUAGCUGAGGACAAGCAGCUCUCCGAGAUCAUCGCAGAAAAGGGUUUCUUCGUCUCCGGCGGAGCCCUGCUUUUUUAUGUGGUGCCUAAAGAUUCCCGGGUGGAACAAGAGUUUAUACACCAACAGCGACGACCAAUGGUUUAUAGUUAAGGCGAAGUUGAAAUAAAGCGGAUUGUUUUUAGAAAACACAA